AUGACUACCAACGAUAGCUUUAACGAUGAUGACAAUAAUGAAGCUGCAUUUCAUGAAUCCGAAACGCCUAUACCUCGUUCGAUUCGAUUUUGGCUAUUAUUAUCAUUUGAUAUUCCAUCAAUAACAUGUUCUUUAUUCUUACUUUUUCAUCUUUUCAUUAACAAAAAUUUACGAUGUCAAUUAGUAAAUCAUGCUAUGAUUGUUUUGCUUAUUAUCGGAUUAAUAAUAGAAUUAGUGGAUAUACCUUUUCAUCUUAAUUUUAUACAUUUUGGUGUUGUACAACCAUCAACACCUUUUAUAUGUAUCUUAUGGUGGUUUAUGGAUUUAGGUCUAUACAAUGGAUAUACAAUAAUUAUGGCAUGGAGUUCAAUUCAUCGUUAUUUGCUCAUCUUUCAUGAUCGAAUAUUUUUUCAAGGAAAGAAACGUUUUCUUUUCCAUUAUUUACCUCUCAUCAUUUUGCUUCUUUACAUAUUGAUUUUUUAUACAAUCGUCAUAAUCUUUCCACCAUGUAUGCAUACAUUUGAUUAUACAUUACCUGUUUGUAAUGAUUAUCCAUGUUAUUUGGAUAAUAUUAUUCUUGGUAUAUGGGAUUCUGUAGUGAAUAGCAUUCUACCAACAUUUAUCAUAUGUAUUUUUAGUCUUACUAUUCUUAUGCGCGUUCAAUGUCGAAAGCAGCGUGCUGUUUCUCAACGUAAUCAAUGGCGCAGACAACGUAAAAUGAUAAUUCAAUUAAUUUCUAGUGCUCUUCUAUACCUUAUUCCCAAUGUUCCAGCGAAUCUUUUAAUUUUCGCUCAUCUUUGUGGUCUACCAGAUAGCGUAGGAGUUGAACCAGAGCUGUACUUCGAUUUUCUAUGUUAUUUUGUAAUACUUCUAAAAUUAAAUCAUAUUCAAAAAUAUCUUGAACCAAUUGUAAAUAAUGAUCAAUUAAUUGAAAUUUUUCAAUCAAUUUACGAUAAAAGUUUAUCGAAAAUAAAUUCAAAUGAAAUAAAUAAUAAUAUAUUUACAUCAAAAUUUGCUCGUCGUUUACUUGUUCUUGUAUUUGUUCAAUUAUGUCAUGAAAAACUUAAUCAAAUUGAACGUUUAAAUAAAUUAAUUCCUUUAGUAUAUCGUUCAAAUCAAAUUCGACUUAAUUCUCUUCGAUUAGAAAAAAUUCAAGAGAAAGUUUUACCUUAUUUACAAGAUUUAUCACAAAUUUAUCAAGUACUUCUAUGGCUUUCAUCAUGUGGAAUUGAAACAUCAACAAUUACAGUUAAUGAUCGUGAUCUCUUUAUUGAAAAUCUUGUUUAUCACCAACCAUAUAAAACUCGGAUAGGAAAUCAAUCAUUACUUGAACAAAUUCUAGCAGAUAAUAUUCAACAAGAACAAAUUACACCAGAUGCAGAUAAUUGGUUUGAAAUAAUUAAUAAAUCCGUUGAUAAUCUAUUUUCUCUUUUAUGGCCAAGUAAUAAUUUUUUAAUAAAGUACUUACCGAGUCGACAUCAAUGGACAAUAUUAGAUCAAUAUUGUGGAAAACUUAAUUGGUUUAAAGAAUUAAAUUCUGCAAGACACUUUUUUCAUGCAUUAACAUUUUAUCGAUCAGGUACAAAUAUUGAAACAGCUACAAGAUAUUUAGCUGUCGCAUUAAAAGAACUUCAUACUGAUCCAUUAUUGAUUGAAAUGUUUGAAAAACAACCAAUACCAGAACUUUUUUAUAUUGAAUGGAUUCGAGAAUAUUUAAAAUACUUUGGUCAAAAUCAACAUGUUGCUUCAUUUCUUCAUCAAUGUUUACAAAGUUCACAUUCGAAUGAUAUUCGUGCUUUAAUUAUUAAAGAAUUAUUUAAAACAAGUAUUGAUUUACAAAAUUUUGAUGAUGCUUUUUGGUGUAUUCAAAAUACAAAUGACUAUAUAAGUCAAAAACAAUUUACAUUUGAGUAUGCAUUAGCAAUAUGUUCUCUAUCAAAUGAUCAAUCAUUAUAUCGUCUUCAAACACUUAUUCAAUAUCAACAUGAUAAAUUAGGUUAUGUAGAUUUAGAAUUAUUAGCUUAUCUUGAACGAACAUGUGUUGAAACUCAACCUAUUCAAACAUCACAUGUAUAUGCACUUUAUGAAAUAUAUAAAAUGAUGAAAUUACCAUUAAAGAUGGCUCAAAUAAUGUAUCAUUAUGGUUGUUCAAUAAAUGAUAUAAAAGAACAAAAAAAUGUAUUUCAAUUAGCUUUCAAUGCUCUGUCAUCAAUUGAACAAACAAUUGAUUCAACAGAUCGAUUAUUUAUUUAUCCAAUUAAUUAUGAAUAUAAUUCAUUAUCAUCUUUACAUCCUGAUCAUAGUUCAGCUCGACUUAUUGGUAUUGAUGAAUGUCGACAAAAAUUAGCAAUGAUAUCUGCUAUAUAUACAUUGCGAACAAAUCGUUCAUCAUCUACAAUUCAAAUAACUGAUACAAUGCAUCCAACACAAUUAAGUGGUCUUCUAACAAAAUUUCAUUAUGAUACUGAAGCUCAACAAUUACUUGAUGCUUUUCAAAUAAAUAAAUCAUCAAUGUAUUUUGUUCAUUAG